AUGCUUGAUGGAGUGCAGAGACCUGCUACUAACGACGGCUGUAUCUCCGGCCAGACCCCAGCAGCUGACCAGCCCGUGCCGAGCCCCGACCUUAUGAAUGGGUAUUUGAAAGAGUCUGCUCAGGAGAUGUAUUUUGGCAAGUCUCGUGAACAGUUUAUUGCUCAACAUAUCGCCUUUAGUAUCCAAGAUGCCGCCAGUACUUUGAGUGAUGAAGAUCUCGAUCUCCUCGGUAGAGUGUCUUUUCGUGACCAGCCGAAUAGGUUGGAAAUGAUCAGCCCUGCGGACCAUUGA